UCAGAUGGGGAGAUGCCAGGAGGCUGGAAUGCUUCCUCUGACAGCCCAGAGCUGCGAGCCGCAGGGAUUAUUGUGCCCGUCAUCUUCUCCCUCAUCUUCCUCCUGGGCACUGUAGGGAAUGGGCUGGUGCUGGCCGUGCUGCUGCGGAACGGCCAAGUCAAGUACAACACCACCAACCUCUUCAUCCUGAACCUGGCCGUGGCCGACCUGUGCUUCAUCGUCUGCUGUGUCCCCUUCCAGGCCACCAUUUACACCCUGGAUGGGUGGCUCUUUGGGGCCUUUGCCUGCAAGGCUGUGCAUUUCCUGAUCUACCUCACCAUGUACGCCAGCAGCUUUACCCUGGCCGCCGUCUCCGUUGACAGGUACCUGGCCAUUCGCUAUCCGCUGAAGUCCCGGGAUCUCCGCACCUCCCGAAAUGCAGGAGUGGCGAUUGUAGCCAUCUGGUCACUGUCGCUGCUCUUCGCGGGGCCUUACCUCAGUUACUACCAGAUUGUCCAUUACCAUGGGGUGCCCAUCUGCGUCCCCAUCUGGGACAACCAGCGCCGAAAGAUUCUGGACAUCCUCACGUUUGUCUUUGGAUACAUCCUGCCUGUGACCGUGGUAAGCCUGGCAUACGCCAGGACCAUCAAGUUCCUGUGGACCUCCGUAGACCCCAUAGAAAGGAUCUCAGAGUCCCGGAAGGCCAAGUGUAAGGUCACUAAGAUGAUCGUGGCUGUGGCCAUCCUCUUCUGCCUCUGCUGGCUGCCCCACCACCUGGUCAUCCUGUGCUUCUGGUUUGGCCACUUUCCCUUCAACCGAGCCACUUACGCUUGCCGCCUGGCUUCCCACUGCCUUUCAUAUGCCAACUCCUGCCUCAACCCCAUUGUCUACGCCCUCAUCUCCAAGCAUUUCCGCAAGCGUUUCAAGCAGGUCUUCACUUGCCUCUUCUUCCAGAACAAGACCAGGAAGAGGAAGAAGAGAGUUGGGAAAAAAGUCCACGUGGUCAAUGUGGGCAAAGGUUUCACCAGCAGCACCAGAGGUUUCUAUGGAGGCAACACUGAGGUGACCCAGGUCCGAGAGGAGAACACCAGGAAGAGGGACCCUGAAGGUGCCAGUCAUCCCAGAGCUUGGACUCACCAGCUACAGGAUGCCAUGGUCUCUGCUCAGAAGGAGCUGCUGGAGGAGGAAAGUUUGGCAACAGCUGGCCAUCCCCUGGCCACGACUCCUCCAAGAGGAACUUGUGAGUUUCGGACUGUGCACUACAGAUGA